CACCACCACCACCACCACCCUCUGCUGGUGUGCUGUUGUCGAAAGGACGAUGGGGUCUUGUGGUUGACGGGGUAAAGAUGGAAGUGAACGUGGCGUCUCCGGAGCUGGGCUUACUAUCGAGGCUUCUCUGGCCCCUGGGCUGAAUAGAGCUUUUAUUUCUGCUUCUCCUUCAAGCCAGCUCUUUUGUUUUACGGGGGGAUUGGCCGAGCACUCCUGUGGUGAAUUGAGCUAUUGUCGAAGACUGGGCCUCUUAAGCUUUGCAACUGUGACCAACCAUCCAUCUUCUCCUGUCCCCCCCACCCUCCCCACCCCCCUCUUGGUUUUCUUUCUACCAAAAAGGAACAAGCGGAUCCCGAAAGCUCCACUGGAAAUCUUUUCUCGCCGUMCUCCUUGCCUCCAAUGCCCCAUUUCCCUCAUCUCUACCCCUGCCACCCCCCCACCUCUCCUCUCUCCUGCUCCCUCCUCCCACAUCAGAGCGGCUACGUAAUGUGCCUCCCUACGCAUGCAAAUGGGGAUGCUACAAAUGGUGGCUGGGACCGAUGUCGAUGAAAGGGUGAUGCCGCGCGCGGUCACCCGCACCUCCGCCGCCACUGCCAUCGCUCCAGACCAGCCGGGGAGAGCCCAGCAGCCGAGGACGAGAGCCCACAGCGCGAACGCGGUCGUCUGUAGCCCGCCCGUGGCCGUGAAUGAGAUGCGUGAAUGCGCGUGAAGGUGCACCCUGGUUCCCUGCCA